AUGAAACUCCGCCGAUACCAGCGAGCAAGAUAUGCGACUCUUCAGGGGAAGACUUUCGCCCUGUGGAAGAGCUACAGAGAGGGCAACCUCACCUCCACAGGUCUGCUGAAGGCGUUCUGCUGCCUGUACAAGCCAUCUAAAUGUUCGGGCAAUCAGUUGGCGAAGAAGACGUAUCUUAAAUCUUUAGCCCACCAUGGUCCGGUAUCAGUUUCAGUGAAAUUUCAAUUUGCGCGCCAUGGGCCGGAGUUGCCGCAUACACGAACAACAAGUGUUAGAAUCACAGAAAGAUUGCAACGGGAUAAGAGGUCAGACGACAAAAAUACGCACCAUGCGGAACUUCCGGUUGAAUUUGACCUGGACCUUAAAGUCUCUGGGUCAAAUGUCACGCUUCAUCUCCAUAGAAACGACAACAUACCACCAGCAGUGCCGAUUUUUUUGAAGAAAAAUGGAAAUAUUUUCAAACUUAACCUUCCUGCCAAAAAGAAAACGGCGCUAUAUUUGGAUAAAAGCCACGGAGCAAGUGUAGAGUACGAAUGCUUCCCCGGGAUGGGGUCUACACAACCAGGGUCAUGCAGACAUCUUGUGAGAGGAAAUUUUCAGUUAGACAAUCGAACGUACUUGCUCGAACCGGACGUCAGUAGUGGAUUGACGUUACAUAACCAUGACGACACUGAUGACGUUAUUCACGUCAUCUACGAGAUUCAGGAAGAACAUGACUUCAAAACCGACUACAUUGUGACUGAGCACGUGAAAUCAGAGUCACACGUUUUGCACGCCACGAGUACGAAAGGUUACACUCCACAAAAAACUAGACGGCGGAAAAGGUCUAUCAUCAACUACAAAGUGGAGUUUUUACCCGUGUUGGAUUAUCCAAUCUACAAAUUCUGGUAUGACCGCAGUAACGCCACCACUGCCGCCGCCAGGGACGUGGACGCUAUCGAGAACAUCCGGGAAUUUUACGCCUUCGUACUGAACUCGAUAGAUCUACGAUAUCAGUCGAUUGUGAGCACCACCAUUGCUAUACAAGUCGUGUUCGCUGGCAUAUUUAUCGCCGAUACCCCGAGUGCCUCCACUUGGACAGAAAACUACAAGGUUUCGGCGACACCACGUGACGAAGUGGAUGCCAGCGUCGCCUUGACGGCCUUCAAACAAUGGCUUGCGUUGCAAACGUCACUUCCGGCAUACGAUCACGCUAUGGCGUUUACCGGAUAUGAUCUAGUUCGCAACGGAUCCUCCUCAAUUGCAGGUCUUGCCUGGACCCCCGGGGCCUGUAACCACGCCAUCCCCUACGCCAACAGUAUCUCGCAGGACCAUUUUGAUGCCGGCCUGGCUACUACAGCAGCUCACGAAUUGGGACACAAUCUUGGAUCCAAGCAUGAUGGCGAGGAUAACGUGUGUUCAGCAGACGACAAGUACGUCAUGUCUCCUAGCACCGGUGGCGUGACGGAUGCGCGCGCAAUCAACCACUUUAAGUUCUCCACGUGCUCAGUGACCCAGAUAGAGAGCUAUAUUGCGACGUUGGACAGAGACAACAACAACUGUCUCUUGACCUCGUCCUUUAACUCCUCAGCCCUUGACCUCUAUGACGGUUUGGAGGCGGGGCUUCUAUACAGCGCGGAUGUCCAGUGCGAGGCGAAUGUGGGCCCAGGGUCAUACUUUUGUAGGUCAUUGUACACUGAUAUUUCCGAGAUGUGUGCCCGCAUGAUGUGUUCUGUUCCGGGAAACAAUACGUGCAUCACAAACACUGCUUGGGAAGGAACCGUGUGCGGGAACCAGAAGCUCUGUCGCCGCGGCGUUUGCACAUGUGAUACGAAGGCUUCAUCGGUACCAGACAACUGUCCCCAGGGUGACCGGCCGGGUGCCUAUGUGAACAACAUGACGUGCAAGGCGGCGACUACAGCCAAUCCCAUGUAUUGUUACCAGGCCGCCUUCCUCAUCAACUGCUGUGAAUCUUGCCGUCAAUACUACAUUGGUGUUAUGGGUUGCGAGUAUGGUGAUCACUCCACUGGUUGCAGACUGAGCAGCUGCCCGAAUUACGACGCAGCAACUCUCGCUUCUGGUUGCUGCGGCACGUGCGGUAACACCAGCGCCACUUCCGGUAACUCGGUUUCUCCGAGCACGUGUCCACAAACAUCCACAAGCACGACUUCAUCUAUGACUACUUCACCGAUAUCCACAUCUUCAUCUUCUACGUCAAUAUCCACUUCUACAACUACUUCUACAACAACCACUCCCUCAACAACAACUAGUACAACGACUAUUAAUACAACCACUCCCUCAACAACAACUAGUUCAACACCGUCUACAAGAACAACAACAACAACAACUUCUUCUUCGACAUAUUCAACGUCAACAGCCACAAAGAUAACAACACUCGCUCCAUCUUCGACUUCAUCUACUGGCUCGACUUCAACUGUUGCACCUCUAGUAGUAACUCAGACCCCCACAACCUUUUCAACGAAGUCCACUGAUACAGCAACUGAAAAAUCCACCGCUUCUAGAACACUGUUUUCAUUGUUAGUUCCAGUCUUGUGCAUAGUUACGACAUUCAUUUUAUUUUGAAAAGUGUUAAACUGACAAACACUAAGACAAACUAGUAUAAACUUGUAUAAAAUUGCUGAAUGUUUUUCUAACGGAUUUGCAUAGAUCCGAUGCAUAUAUUUAUAAUAUAAUUAUAUUUUAUACUGGGUCCUUGUUGCUCAAGGCUUCAAGUUUCAACGAGUCUUGCAAGUCAUAUAUGUUAGAUGUAAAGGCAAUACAUAUUAAAAGCAGCUUAUUUAUGUCAUAUGUUUAUAUUGAUGUAGUCAUAACUAUGAAACAUAAUAUAUUAACACUUUGAAUUAAAUAUAUUUAUAUUAAAUGAAUGAUAACUCAGCCGGUCGUUUACAUAUUUAGCAACCGGACACAUAACUAUAAAAACAUGAGAGUAUUGCAAUGAACAUACAUAUACAUAUAGAAUCGUAAAAGUUAUAAGCUAUUUUUCAUUCUAUGUGGUUCUAUAUGUCGUUUCUUUAAGACGCCACAUGGAAUGGCUUAAUCAAUGUAUACCAAUAUAAUACUGUUGAUUAUUGGAUAAAUUGUCGAAUAAUUUAUUUAUUAAAGAUGAUAUGCAUUAUUUCUGUGUACAAUGUUCUUUCAUCACAAUCAAAAUUCAAUCCGUAUCCCGAAACGUACCGAUACGGAUGCAAAACGGAAUACGGGUGUUUACGUACGUAUCAAGGACAAGUUAUAAGGAUUGUUACUGCCACAGUACGGUGACACAGUUUAAUGCGAAUAAAGCACGGUUCAAUACAAAAUGGCAUGUGUCAUGACGGAGGAUAAGCAGCGAUUCGCUUCGCUUUAACUAAGGUAUGUAACCAAUUAGGUAUUACUAAUCCUAGCUGACACGGAUAAGUUUAAAGGUUCAAG